AUGAUUAAGAUGACUGGUUCUUCUCUCCCAAUUAAGAUAGACAGUGCAGAUGCUGCAGAGAAAUUUAUAGACAAUUAUGACACCUUUUUGUUUGACUGCGAUGGGGUUUUAUGGUUAGGUUCUUCCUUAUUGCCAAAUGUAUCAGAAACUCUCAGUUUGUUAAGAGCCAAAGGUAAGAAUCUAUAUUUUGUCACAAACAACUCAACGAAGUCUCGUAAUGCGUAUGCGAAGAAGUUUGAGUCUUUUGGGAUCUCAGUGAGAGAAGAUCAAAUAUUUACUUCUUCGUACGCUGCAGCAUUGUACGUAAGGGAUUCCUUAAAGUUGGAGCCAGGAAAGGAUAAGGUAUGGGUUGCUGGGGAGGCAGGGAUCAUCGAUGAGCUAGGAUUAAUGGGGUAUGAAACGUUGGGGGGGACGGAUCCUCGUUUGGAUGAGCCCUUUGAUAGCCAAAACUCACCAUUUUUGGUAAACUCAUUGGACCCGGAUGUGAAGUGUGUCGUCGCAGGAUUAGACACUCGCAUCAAUUACCAUCGUUUAGCAGUUUCACUGCAGUAUUUGCAACGAACAGACGUUUCUUUUGUUGCUACAAACCUUGACAGUACGUUCCCAUUGAAGGGUAUGACUCUGCCGGGAGCUGGAUCAAUUGUACAGUCUCUUGAAAAGGCUUCGGGAAGAACUGCCGUAGCCUGUGGUAAGCCAAAUCAAAAUAUGUUGAAAUCCAUCAUUGCAGCUACAAAUAUAGACCCAUCAAGAACUUGCAUGGUCGGUGAUCGCUUGGACACUGAUAUGAAAUUUGGUAGCGAAGGUCGUUUAGGUACUUUCUUAGUUUUGACGGGCAUUGAGACCGAAAACAACAUUCUAAAUCCAGACACUCAACAUACUAAGCCUCAAUACUAUGCAGGUUCUCUAAGUCUACUAUACGAAUUGACCAACGUGCCUUGA